CUAAGUCUAAACGGAAGUAGGUACGUGGCUGCUUCAGCUGACAGUGUGCAUGAUGGCGACAGAGGUUCAGAGCGGCGACCUCGACAGUGCUACUUCCAGCCGGCUCGAAGUUUCUAUCGAUGGCCUCACCCUCAGUCCUGACCCGGAGGGCGAGCAGAUCCAGGUCGAAGAUCCUGACCCUAAACCCGCGGAACCCGAGACCGAUACGCCGGGUGUCGCGGGAGGCGAAGAUGGAGAGACAGACAAAUCUGCGAUAGAGAGAAAAUGGGGCUUUCCUUUGCUGGAGCUGUACGGAAUGGGCCUUAAAUUUUUCAAAGAUAAAGAUGGAAAGGCCUUCCACCCAACGUAUGAGGAGAAGCUCCGACUGGUGGCUCUGCACAAACAGGUGUUACUGGGCCCUUAUAAUCCUGAUGCUUCACCGGAGGUCGGCUUCUUUGAUGUCCUCGGCAAUGACCGCAGAAAAGAGUGGGCCUCCCUGGGUAACCUGGAGAAGGAGGAGGCCAUGGUGGAGUUUGUCAAGCUGCUGAACAAGUGCUGUAACCUCUUCGCUCCCUACGUCACCUCACACAAGAUCGAAAGGGAGGAGCAGGAGAGGAAAAGGAAAGAAGAAGAGGAGCGACAGCGACUGGAGGAGGAGGAGAGGGAGCGACAAAGGCAGGAGGAGGAGAGAAAAAGGCUUGAGGAGGAGGAAAGGCUGAGGAGAGAGGAAGAGGAAAGGAGACAGGCAGAGGAGGAAAGGCUACGGAUUGAGCAGCAGAAACAACAGAUAAUGGCGGCAUUGAAUGCGCAGACAGCGGUGCAGUUCCAACAGUAUGCUGCUCAGCAGUACCCCAACAGCCCAGAGCAACAGCUGGGCCUCAUCCGUCAGCUCCAGGAGCAGCACUACCAGCAGUACAUGCAGCAGCUCUACCAGGUCCAGCUGGCACAGCAACAGGCGGCCUUACAGAAGCAGGCUGAUUCGAUGGGGCAGGGUACCCUUGAAUCUAGCGGCUUCAAUAGUGGUGAACCCAUCCCCGCCCCAGCAGCAGGACCGCUGUGUGCAGCUUUACCACCUACUGGCGAGGAAACCACUACAGUCAACGGAGGCCAGUCGGACUCGUACUCGGAGAGCAUGGACCGGGAGCCAGAGCCUGAGCCGGCAGAGGAGGUCUCCGAGAACGGGCCUUUAUUAGACUCGCCACCAGUCAUAGCUGCUCCCUCCAUGUGGACACGGCCACAGAUCAAGGACUUCAAGGAGAAAAUCCGGCAGGACGCAGAUAGUGUGAUCACAGUGGGGCGUGGCGAGGUGGUGACAGUGCGUGUGCCCACCCACGAGGAGGGCUCUUACCUGUUCUGGGAGUUUGCCACGGACUAUUAUGACAUCGGCUUCGGGGUCUUCUUCGAAUGGACGGACGCUGCCUCUGCUUCGGUCAGCGUGCACGUGUCUGAGUCCAGUGAUGAGGACGAGGAAGAGGAAGGUGAUCCCAGUGAGGAGGAGAAGGCGAAGAAGGAGGCAGGGAAGCCUCAGGUGGAUGAGAUUGUGCCGGUGUACCGGCGGGACUGUCAUGAGGAGGUGUACGCCGGCAGCCACCAGUACCCCGGCCGCGGCGUCUACCUGCUCAAGUUUGACAACUCCUAUUCACUCUGGCGCUCCAAGAGUGUUUAUUACAGAGUCUACUACACCAGAUAAGCCUGAAUACAGACACAGGGGAGCCAAGGAGUGUAUGUUCCUGUGUGUGUGUGUGUGUGUGUGUGUGUGUGUGUGUGUGUGUAGGUGGAGAUUUGUGCGAUCGCUGUGUGUGUGUGUGUGUGUGUGAAAGAGAUAGUGAUACCAGAUCUGGACAAAACCACCAGAGGGUGACAAAGAGACACAUCUGGAGCCCUAGUUUGGAGAUUGGACUAAUAUGUAUGUAUGUAUGUAUGUAUGUAUGUACUGUAUGUGUAUGCGUGUCCCAAGAUACACCCAUGCUUGAGCCUGUCAUCGAGCCCCUGGAAGAGGAGUGUGUAUUCCUGUUGUAUAUUCACCACCUGUCCUUGCUGUGCUCCCAUAGACCAAGCUGUAGGACUUUGCUUUCAUAUUGUAUUUGACCACUUUUCACCCCGGGCUCCUCUUCGGUCACCACCCCAGCCCAACGUGGCCUUGUGGCUGCUUCUGCCCUGAGUGACGCUUUCAUAACCAUAACCGGAAACCCGGCAAGUCCAGCACUCUGUGAGCCAACGUUUCCUGUUUGGUGGUAACAGUAGUUGUUAAUCCCACAAGAACACAGACAAUGUUGAAAAUCUAAUUAUAUUGCAAAUGUACUUCAUAACACUAUGCCUCUGUUCCACAAAGAGCUUCUGGUCUUUGCCAAGUCUCUCACACACAUUAAAAACACCAUUGUACAUGCACUUAAUCAUCUUCUUUUUUUUUUUUUGUUAAAUAGCAGAGUGUUAUUCUCUUCCCCAGCCACCAUGCAUAUAUGAAGAUCUGAGAGGAUGUUUAGUGAAAGCAGUGCUCUUUUGGGCUUAUUUAUGACUUUCACCUUUAUUUCUUUAUACAAUCUGAUUGACACAGUGCACCAUGAGUAGUUUUUUUUUUUUUUUUAAUGGAGUCUACUGGGCUGGCAAACAUUAUGAAGGACUGGCAAGUCAAAAUAGUGUCACGAAUGCUAAAGGAGUAAAUAUAACAUAACACGCACAUGGAAAAGUAGGCCCUCUGGCUUUAUAAACUCAAGCAUCUCUGUGAUACACAGCAAGAAGUUUAAAAACAAAUUUACUAAAUAAAAUUUUUUUCUCCCUUUCUCUAACAAAUAUUUUAUUGGUGUGUCUGUUUCCACAUGACUGAUUACAAUAAAUCAUCCACUGUCUUUUGCUUAUCAAUUCUUCAUGAUAGAAUCAAGAAAAAAAGGAGCUGGUAUUACAACCGAUGUUAUAUUAAUAUUACCUGGGAUGUUUUUUGUGUUUAUCAUUCUGUGUGUUUGGAGAUGCUGUACUCACUUUUGACAUACACAAUAUAAAUUCCAUGUUUUGGAGGUCAUAACACACUGUUACAUCUCUGCAGCACUCAGAAAUCAAAAAACAUUACACAAAAUACAGUGUUGCUGUUGUUUUUCUUCCAGGUAUGAAUUAACUCAAAUUGUCAUCUCAAAUAAGGUGUCGUGAAUAAACUGAGAUGAUUUAU